CUUGCACCUCCAACAAUGUUUUCGAUCGCAAACCAUACCAAAUAUAAAUCUCACUAUAUAUGUAUAUAUAUCAAUAUAAAUUGUUUGAAGGGAGACAACUAAUCAUUCAUCACCAAAUCAACAUCUUCAAAAUACAAAGAGCUCUUUUGAAUAUAUAUGGCGGCAAAAGCUGUUGAUCGGGAAAUUGUGUAUGAGGAGUUCGAACCUUUUUGCAAAUGGCAACGCAAGGAGGAUCGCGAUGUUCUUGAAGUCCACCUCCAAGAUUUCAAAAAGGAACAGCUGAAAGUGCAAAUCAGCAAUCAUGGGGUGCUGAAGAUUUCUGGAGAGCGCCAAAUAGAUGCUUCCAAACACAUGAAAUUUUACAAAGAAGUGGCUGCGCCCAACACCAAAUACGACACGCAUGCAAUCCAUGCGAAAUUCGUCAACAGCAACCUCAUCAUCACACUGCCAAAGACCAAAUUACCCUCCUCGCCCGAGCCAUCCAAAACCGAUCAACCCUCCAAACCGAGCGGCGGAGCUCAGGAGAAGGCGCCGCUGCCUCCUCUGUCGGCGGCGGCUGUGCAAUGCCAGCUGCAGUCCUGCCGGCAGCGCCAGUUGAUGGGCUCGAAAUUGGCGAAGAUGGCGGCGAGCCUCGCCGCGACGGUGGUGGCCGUGGUGGUGCUCGCCGCUUAUGUGCAUUUUAUGUACAAAUCUACGGUUGAUCAUAUAUGACUGAAUUUUAAUUGGAAGGGUGGACAUUAAUAUUAAUAUUGAUAUUGGUUUAUAUGUAUGUUUGGUGUUGUAAUAAGGGCUUUUGAACGGAUGAUGUAUGUAAGUCUCAAUCGGAUUCAUAAUUCAUUUGUAACAAUUGUAUAUGUGGAAAAGUAAAGCAUAUUUUAUAUA